AAAUGGUUGACAGUCACGUUUAACUAUACAAUUAGCCACAUAAAAAAUUGUCUAUAGAAUUGAAGUGUAUUGGUGGAAAUUCGUGAUAAUUUUACAUUCGUAAGUUUUCUAAAAUUCUAUUCGCGCAUAUCACCAUUUCUCACUGUCCAGAUGGAACCAAACUCCUGUGAUACAUUUGUGGUUUUACCCCCAUUGACGAAAUACGGGGUAGUCUUCGGAAAAAAUUCAGACAGACCUUCAAAUGAGGUUCAAGAAGUGGUUUAUUUUCCCUCAAUCAUUUCCUAUAAACCAGUAAAGUGUACUUACAUAACAGUGAAAUCUGCGGGAUUCAAGAACGCUGUUAUAUUGAGUAAACCCUCUUGGAUGUGGGGGGCAGAGAUGGGAGCGAACGAGUGGGGAGUAGCGAUAGGGAACGAAGCUAUCUGGACUAAAGACAAUGACGGAGAUCAAGAUCCGAGUGUGAAGAGACUUCUUGGAAUGGAUUUAGUCAGGCUUGGACUGGAAAUAGGUUGCACAGCAACCAAAGCUUUAGAAGUUAUGAUCCAAUUGCUAGAAGAAUACGGACAAGGUGGACCUUGCUCUGAGUCUGACUCGAGCUUGGUAUACCACAACUCCUUCAUAAUUUGUGAUUCGGAGACAGCUUGGGUGCUGGAAACCUGCGGAAAACAUUGGGCCGCAGAACAAGUCACUGGUAAGUAAUGUCGAAAUUUAAAU